AUGCCAUGCCAGCAUCCGCCGUGGCCCGCGCCGGCGCGCCCGACCACCUGUGAAUUGUCACGACUCACCUCCGCCGCCGCUCGCGCUGAGCUGAUUCCCGCAUCCGCCGCCGCCGCCUCUCCUCUUCCACCUCGCCGCCCUCGAGCUGCUGUGCUCCUGGCGACGCCGCCAAGCCUCCACUCCACCACGCCCAUGUCCCGCAUCCGCCUUCGCCGCAGCCGCCUCUUCUCCUCCUGCGCCACCACCCCGCCGCCCGCAGGCUCCUGGUCUCCCCACGCCGCCUUCGCCGCGGCCACAGAGCGCGCCCUCGCCGGGAAGCUCAGCGGGGAGGACGCACACCACCUGUUCGAUGAAUUGCUGCGGCAGGCCACCCCGGUCCCCGAGCGCUCCCUCAACGGAUUCCUUACUGCCCUCGCCCGUGCACCGGACUCCUCCACUUUCAGAAAUGGCCCUGCCCUCGCCCGUGCACCGGACUCCUCCACUUUCAGAAAUGGCCCUGCCCUCGCCAUCGCCCUCUUCAACCGCCUGUGCCGAGAAGAAGCCGGCUCGCGGGUGGCGUGGCCCACGGUCUGCACCUACAACAUCCUCAUGGACUGCCGCUGCCGCACGCGUCGCCCGGAUCUAGGGCCUGCCUUCCUUGGGCGCCUCCUCAGGACGGGCCUGAAGACAAACCAGAUCGUCGCCAACACCCUCCUCAAGUGCCUCUGCUACGCCAAACGGACGGAUGAGGCUGUCAAUGUAUUGCUUCACAAGAUGUCCGAGCUCGGCUGUGUGCCUGAUGCCAUCUCAUACAACACAGUUCUUAAGAGAUUAUGUGAAGAUAGCAGAAGCCAGGGAGCACUCGACCUGCUCCGGACGGUGGCAAAAGAAGGAGGUGUUGGCUCUCUCGAUGUGGUAUCCCAUGGCACUGUCAUCCAUGGCUUCUUUAAGGAAGGCGAAACAGGCAAGGCAUGCAAUCUAUUCCAUGAAAUGACACAACAAGGGAUUGUGCCCAAUGUGGUGACAUAUAACUUGAUUAUUGAUGCGUUGUGCAAGGCCAGAGCAAUGGACAAGGCAGAGCUGAUCCUUCGGCAGAUGGUUGAUAACGGUGUUCGACCCGAUACAGUUACUUGCAGCUCGAUCAUGUCUUCCCUUUGCAAGCAUGGAAGAAGCAAAGAAGCUGCAGAAUUUUUUGACUCCAUGACUGCCAAAGGCCUCAAAGCUGAUGUUUUCUCAUAUUCUGUUUCAUGA